GGCGGGAACAUUACUGAUAUCUCCACCUACUAUACAGGAAGAGAAUGAAGUUUCAGAGACAAGCAAUGUUAGUGAACAUAAAUAUCACUGUACUGAUGAAGAAGUAAAGGACGCAGCAACAUCUAUAGAUGCCAUAACUCGCCCCACUAGCAAUGCUGUGUUGCAGAAUAGAAAUAUUGCUGCCUUUGACAAUCAACAAGAUAUCCGGAGCACUCCAUUCAAUGAUGUGAACAAUCAAUGCAUGAAAACUCUGAAGGAUAAUUCAUCUGAAGUGAACGAUGCAACCGUCCAACAUUUAGACGGUGAAACCAGUCCAACAGCAGAUCCUGAGUUGAUAGAAGAUUUUGACCAGAGACUUAGAGAACUAGAUGUUGAGGCAGUGUUGGCCAAGCAAGCGACUCAUGAUUUGUUUUGUCCUAAUUGUAAUUCUUGCAUUACCAAAAGGGUCAUCCUCAGAAAAAGAAAACGGAGAGUUCAAGAUUUAGAUCUCAAGGCAAAGCGUGACAAGUUGGAUACUGUAGUUAGCUCCAAGCUGGUUGAUGAUCCUGCAUUUGAAGCCAACCGAAGUGAUGAAGCAGUCACAACUAAUAUUGAAAGAGAAGUGCCAUCUGCUGAUAGUUACGGUCAUGAAGGCGAACCAGAAGUAUUCAGAUGCUUAUCAUGCUUCAGAUACUUUAUUCCUACAGGAAGUUUCAAUUUGUUCCGAAAAUUUGUCGGCACUCGUGAGAAUGAAAGUUCACAGAAUUCCUCAAGUUUACCUACAUUUGACUCACACGGUUCUUCAAGGUUACACCAGACCGACGAGAAAAACCUUUCAAAUAUACCAGCCUCCAAUUCAAACUGGUUCUUCUCUCUAUUUACUUCAAAUGAGCGGAAAACAGCUAGUGAUAUGAUACCAAAGCACACAGGAGACCUUUCAGCAACUAAAAUUACCAGUGAAAAAGUUGUUAAAGCUGAAGAUCCUGCAGAAGAUCCCGCUCUGAAACCUUAUGCAGAAGAACCUGAGAAUUCAGAGAAGGAAAUGUACAAGAAAUCCAGCAUGGAAACUGCAGAAUUUGCAAAGAAUGCAACUUCUGAUAUGCAAACUGUUGGUGGAUAUGCUGAAUAUUUUUCGGAACAUGAUCUUCCACUGGCUGAAAAAGAAAAAACGGCAAUAGAGGAAGAAAAAAGUCCUCCAGUCAGAACAGAAAAGAAAGGGAGCGAGGUGAUAGUAUUAGUUGAACCAGUUGAAUCCACUGCUACUCAAACAGAAGAUAGUGUUAUAAUUGAAGGCACUAUUUUGACAGAAAGAUCUGCCCAAACUCAAGCACAUAAUGGUGAACAAACAGGAGAUGUAGUCAGAAAACCGUACGGAAGGGAAAUACUUAAAAGCAUUGUGUAUAGUGGAUUGGUUGAAUCAAUUUCAAGUCUGGGAGUUGUGACAUCUGCAGCUAGUGCUGGUUCUUCUUCAAUGAAUAUUAUAGCAUUGGGAUUAGCAAAUCUGGUUGGUGGACUUUUCAUCAUUUGGCAUCAUCUUACAGAAUUAAAAGAAGAUUCUCAAGGGGAUACACAGCAAACAAACGGACAAGAAGAUAAGUACCAGAGACUGCUUGGUCACCGAGAAAACUUUGUACUUCAUGCAGUUGUAGUUGUUUUAUCAUUCCUAAUAUUCGGUUCGGUCCCUGUCGUUAUUUAUGGCAUAUUGAUCGGUGAAAAUUACUCUUCGGAAGUGAAGGUUGCAUUAGUAGUAGCCGCUUCUCUGCUAUGCGUCAUUCUGCUUGGAAUAGCCAAGGUUUACACCAAAAGACCACCCAAAUCAUACGCCAAAACUGUGUCGUAUUACGUUACCUUGGCGGUUGCAACUUCGGGAGUGUCUUACGUAGCGGGACGAUUAAUGAAGGACCUCAUAGAGAAACUCAGUGAAUUAGAGUCAGGUUUUGCUAUUCUCAUGCCCAUUUCAGACACAGCAGAGAGGGAACCACCAUGGACAUCUUAUUGAGGUUGGUUGAGUAGAUAUCCAAACCUUAAAGGUGCAAAUGCAGAAGUGAAAUGGUGAAAUAAUGAUGCAUGAUAACUAUUAAUUUUAAUUUUAGAAAAAGUGACCAAUUUUCUCUCA